CCUUAAAAAUCAGCCAAUAGGUGGUGCUGAGAAUCAAAUUCUCUCUCUUAUUCUAAUAAUACUUUGUUGACUAACGUUAUUUUUUUCUUUAAAUAUUAGUAUAAAAGUUUGUUGAAGCCUUACUCUAUCACGUAUUGCUAAUUUAGUAGUCAAAGUGAACAGACGUGCGAUACAAUAUGUGGAAAACAGUAGGGAUGUUAGGACUUUGUGUCGCUGGAAUAUCUAUUUAUUUAUCUUCUGUGAACGAACUUAAUGUUCCAACUUUACCGGAAACAAAUUGGGGAUCAAAAAAAAAUGAAAAGGAAUCUAUAGAAAUCCGACCUUUCAAAAUUGAUGUAUCAAAAUCGGUUUUAGACGAUUUAAAAUAUCGCCUGGCACACAGAAGAACGUUUAAAAAACCAUUGGAAAAUGUAGGCUGGACUUACGGUAUCUCAACUACAUAUUUGAAUACAGUACUUGAUUACUGGAGAGAUAAAUACAACUGGACUGAGAGGCAAGCUUUGUUAAAUAAGUAUCCUCAGUUUAUGACUACUAUUCAGGGUUUGGAUAUACAUUUCUAUCAUGUAAAGCCAAAUUUACCAAAUAAUAAAAACUUAAAAGUUUUACCUUUACUCAUGCUACAUGGAUGGCCUGGAUCUGUUGUGGAAUUCCAAAAAAUUAUACCCAUGUUAACAAAACCUUGGCCUAAUCAAAACUUUGUGUUCGAAGUUAUUGUACCGUCACUUCCUGGAUACGGUUUCUCCGAAGGUGCGGUACGACCAGGCAUGGCUAAUGCUCAGAUAGCUGUAAUAUUCAAGAAUCUGAUGCAGAGACUUGGUUUUGAAAAAUUUUACGUUCAAGGAGGUGAUUGGGGAUCUGUUAUUGCUUCUGAUAUGGCUGUUCUCUUCCCAGAAAAGAUAAUUGGUCUACAUAAUAAUAUGUGUACUUCUUUAAAUUUAUCUAAUCUUUUCUGGUUAUUUGUCGGUACCUAUUUCCCAUCGUUAAUAGGAGCAAAUGAACAUUACUCAAAAUUCUUUCCUGUGAGUGAAAUUUUGUCCUUCUUAAUUGAAGAAAGUGGUUACUUUCAUAUACAGGCUACGAAACCAGAUACUAUAGGUGCUGCAUUGACUGCUUCACCUGAUGCAUUAGCAGCAUAUAUUUUAGAAAAAUUUUCUGUGUGGACAAAUAAGACAUAUAAAAAACAAGAUGAUGGUGGUAUAACAGAAAAAUUUGUACUAGAUGAGCUAUUAGAUAAUAUAAUGAUAUAUUGGAUCACUAAUAGUAUUACUACAAGUGUUAGACUUUAUGCUGAAAAUUAUACUUCAUCAUAUAGAUCUCUGAAAAUUGACCAAUUGCCUAUAAAAGUGUUUACAGCUUGUGCAGUCUUUCCCAAUGAAAUACUUGUUCUGCCUGAAAGUUUGCUUAAACAAAAAUAUCCUAAUAUAAUUCAAUACAACAUUAUAUCACGUGGUGGACAUUUUGCAGCUUUUGAAGAACCCAGACUUUUAGCUGAUGAUAUUUUCAGUUUUGUUAAAAAAAUAGAAAACCUUACAUCAAAAUCUUCAUAGAAACAAUCCUAUUAAGAAAAAUAUUCAAUAAUUUUUAUACAUACAUAUAAUCAUUUAUAUAUUUUUUUAAAAUAUUUUAAUAAAUUGUUAUGUUUAUUAUUAAAUACAAACAAGAGAAUUAUCUUUAUUUA